AUGUCUUUCACGCUCAAAAUAAAAAAUGCUGGAAAAUUACAUGAGAUAACCCUUGCAGAAGGAGCCAAUGGAUCUGAUCUCAAGACUAAAAUCUGGGAAAAAACACAAAUUCCUAGCAGUCGUCAGAAGAUCUUGAUAAAGGGGGGCAAAUUAACAGAUGAGGUUGUCAUUUCAAGUCUUAACUUGAACUUGAAAACUCAUAUCAUGGUUUUGGGGACGCCCGACAAAGACUUACCAAUAGGCAAUGCCAAAAAUCAAGUUUUCAUGGAGGAGCUAGAUGAUAGACAGCUAGGAAAGACCUCUCAUGACCCAUCUGGAUUACAGAAUUUGGGAAACACGUGUUAUUUGAAUUCUUCUUUACAAACCAUAUUUAGUAUGAAAGACAUUUGUGCAAAAAUACAGAGCUACAAUGGCACAGCCAAUCCUUUGGUGAGAGCGUUAAAGAAUGUCUUCGACUCCAUGUCGCAAAAGAAAGAGAAUGUUGCACCAAUGCUAGCCUUGAUGCAGUUUCGUAGCCAAUUUCCCCAAUUUGCCGAACAAGAAAUGGGAGUUUACAAGCAACAGGAUGCAGAAGAGGCAUAUUCGCAAUUGUUGAACAGUUUGGGAUCCGUUCUUGAGAUUGACGAUUUGUUGCGAAUUACGUAUAAGGUACUGUCCAAGGACUUGACUUCUGCCGAAGAAUCCGAAUCCACAGAAGUUGCUUUCAAACUCAACUGCUACAUUGACAUCAAAACAAAUUUUUUGAGAGAUGGAAUCAUGAAUGGGUUGAAGGAAUCAAUUGAAAAAUUCAAUGAUACAUUGCAGGUCAACACUGAGCAUCAACUCACUAAAACAAUAACGAGGUUACCUAAAUACUUGACUGUACACUUCGUGAGAUUUUUCUGGAGAACUGACACAAAGAAGAAAUCUAAAAUUUUGAGAAAAGUACUGUUUCCAUUUGAAUUGGACUUGGCUGAAAUGCUAGACGAGUCUAUUAAAGCUGAAAAGAUUGCUGUCAGAGAUCAAUUGAGAUCCAUCGAAAAAGAAAAUUUGGAUCUUGUGCGUGAUUACAAGAAAGCGAAGAAGGAUACCAGUUUGACUCCUCAGCAGCAAGCAGAAGAGGACGAGAUGAAGGUUGCAUCCAUUAAAUCAAGAUUUAAGGACGAUUUUGCAAGUGUGUUACCUAAAACCUUUGACAUUGAUCAGGCCACUGAGAACCCCUCAUCGGUUUAUGAAUUGACAACUGUGAUUACUCAUUCUGGUAUCUCAGCUGAUUCGGGUCAUUACCAGGCAUUCUCGAAAGACGAGAAUGAUUUACAGGGUGAUGCUUGGUGGAGAUUCGACGACAACAAAGUUUAUCCAGUCACGAAAGAAAAAAUUGAAACUUUAGCGGGGGGAGGUGAAAGUGAUUCAGCUUUGAUUCUUGUUUACAAGGCUAAAGGGUUGUAA